CUCGCACAUAACGCUACCGAGUGCAGUAAGUGCCGGGUUUCCAGUGCGGGGUUUUAUACUCUUUCGUAAUAACUGAAUACACAUAAUAAAGCGACGCCAAAUUUAGUAACUUGAGGGCACUGUUCAGUUACAACAACCAAAGGACUAGAAGAGUUAAAGCUGUGUGUGUCUCUAUACGGGGACACAUGAUUGCUGAUCUGAAUAACCUAAAUAAAAUCUGAUUAUACCAUGGUGAAGAAGUUGCUCGUAGAUGUGGAUUGUGGAGUGGACGAUGCCCAGGCUAUCAUGAUGGCUCUGGCUGUGCCAGAUGUGCAGAUCCUUGGUAUCACAUGUGUUCAUGGCAACACCUCUAUAGAAAAUGUGUGCAAAAACGUCCUGCGGAUCUUGAAAGUUUGUGACCGAAUGGAGAUCCCUGUAUACAGAGGGGCAUCAAAGCCUCUUCUUGGGGAUGUUCAAAAUGCUUCACUGUUUCAUGGACGUGAUGGGCUUGGUGAUGCUCCAGACCCGAACGCUCCUGGUCUGGAACUAGUACAAGAGGAGGGAGCCGUAUCAGCCAUCAUCCGCAUCAUUAAUGAGCAUCCAGGGGAGGUGUCUUUAGUGGCCACAGCUCCUUUGACAAACCUAGCAUUGGCAGUAAGGUUGGAUCCUACCUUGCCACAGAAGCUAAAAGGGCUGUACAUUAUGGGAGGCAACACAGAUUCUAGGGGGAACACAACUGUAUGUGGGGAAUUCAACUUUGUAGCAGACCCUGAAGCAGCAUAUGUUGUACUAAAUGACUACCUUUGCCCGACUUACAUCGCCUGCUGGGAGUUCACUUGUCACAGCAAACUGCCCUGGGAGUUUUGUGAUACCUGGCUGGCUCAGGACACCGAUAAAGCUCGGUUCAUGAAGAAGAUCUUCCAGCACAGCAUGGACGUAUGCUACAAUCCGAGGAUUGAAAAAGAGCUAGUAUCAGGACUAGGAUUUAUUUCUUGUGAUUCCUAUGCCAUGGCGGCUGCCAUCGAUGACACAUUUAUCAUUGAGAGUGAGCAUAAGGCUGUGACUGUAGAGCUCACUGGUAAAUAUACCAGGGGAAUGAUGGUGGUAGAUCACCUUGAGAUUCUGAACAAGACUCAUAAGAUCUACAUAAUGAGGAAGGUGGACUUGGGAAAGUUUGAAAAGCUAAUGACCAAUGCUUUGAAAUGAGAGU